AUGCCUGUUAUGGCACCUCACCCACUGGACACCCUUACUGAUUCGUAUUCGACAGUCGCAUCACCGAGCUGUCCAGAGGAGCCUCCUCGUCUUGAAACGGAUCCCACACCACCCGUCGAUCCUACAACAGUACCUGACCCCAGUGAUGAUGGUGCAGCUGAUGAGGAGAACCAUCCUAGCACUACUGCUGUUGCAGUCCAUGCAUCUAGUGACUCCACUGAACCUGUGUGUGGAGAGGAUUGGAGUGAUGCCCGUAUAGCGGCUCGAGUUGAGGUGAAGUAUACGUCUGAAAAGGGCAGGUGCAUGUUCAGUCAUGUAGAUGGAGAUCUCAUGCAUCCUGGAGAUAUAGUCUUUGCCGAGUCUCCACUGCAAAUAGUCACACCAGACACCUGCCCUGUCCUGUACGAGUGGCUCAAACUGGAGGAGGCUGACCUCUCUUUGGAGCUACCUAUUGUAUGGCAUAUGGCAGCAUUGUCAUCAUUAUUGUUCCUCAAUGAGGAUAAGCUAGCACGUUGCUAUGAUAAGUGGACUCCUCCUAUCGAUGCUCCUACUAACGAGAGCCAUGGAUGUGGAAGCUUACUAAGCUGGAUGCUCGUGACUAUGUACAUCUCUUGCUCACAUGGAGGUACUCACCCACACACUCACACACGCUGCUGUUCAUAUCUGCCUAUGCACAGGUUCAACUCGUUUGGCCAUCAUACUGUGGCUGAUGGGUUGAUCAUGUACGAUAAGAUAUCAAUGCUCAGCCACUCUUGCGAGGCUACUUGUUGUUGGCACUAUGGCCCAGAGGACUCGUUCGUGUUGAGAGCAAGAGUGCCAAUCCAGCCUGGUGAUGAGUUGACCAUAUCCUAUAUUGGAGAUGAGGAACUCUUCAAGAGUACCAACGUACGGAGACAGCGCUUGCAAGGUUGGUUAUUCACCUGUCAUUGCCAUCGAUGUGAUGAGCCCGUCGACUAUGCUAGAGGGCUAAGAUGUAUCCAAUGCCAUGCAGGAGUAGUAUAUCCUUACACAGAAUGGAAGGGGAGGCACCGAUGGUGCACCUCACCUUGCACAUUCUGUAGAACACAAUUGGAUGAAUCUGAUAUGGAGGAGAUGGAGACUCUCGAGCAACAAUAUGAAGAGCGGCUCGCGGUUACUGAUCCCAACGAUGAAGCCGAUAUCCAAUUGGUGUAUGGUGAGGGUAUGAAGGUCUUCUCUAGAGGAUGUCAUUGGAUACUGCACCAAAUGGAUGUAUGGUUAGCGACAUUAUGCAAGGAUGGAUCUGAUUGGCUAGGGGCAUCGGCUCAUCAGACGGAUAAGGCUGAAUACCUAUCACGAGUAACACCUCUUGCUAACUAUGCCUAUGCAUGGUGCUUCGAGGAGAUAGCUGAUACCUAUCUUAACUUGAUUGCUGCAUCUACCUCGUCAUCUCUCAUCACUAAGGCUGUCUGCAACCAGCUUCUCAUGCUUUACGAGCGUUCCUUUUAUAUGCUAACGAUACUCUGUGGUAGCGACCAUACAUUCACUCAGUCGGCAUUGUCCAAGUGGUCCAACGUGAGGAACAUCAUGCUGAGCAUCGACUCGGAGCUCUCCCCAACCACCACAACGGAGGUGGCGGCAGAGAGUGGUACUGAUACGAUGGUUGGACGACAAUUAAGUGACGAUAUCGAUAUUGCGGAUGAUGAUGGUGUCGUGGGAGCUUGCUCUCCUCUGACGCCUUCCGACCAUCAACAAGCAACUACUGGAAUGCCAGAGCAACAAUCUGAUCACCAUCCGAUCUAG